AUGACAGCUGCGAGCAACAAUAAAGCGCACAACUACACGCCAAGAGCCCGUGCUGGUAGCGUUGAAUUUGGGAACACGUUAGCACGUUCCAACUACGGCUCUAUUGACGUGAAGAGCUCCCUUCAGUCCAAUGGGCGAGCAAAGCAUGCGGAAGGAGUUGCUCCCACUCCAUGCACCUGGCCAAGCUUAACCUCUUUGCCAAAUGUUAAGCAUUGCCUAAAUGCAUGA